GUGUGGUAGGAGAGACAGGACAACGAUGCAAGUCUGACAAAUUUUAUGCCGGGGAGCGCACUCUCAAACUGUUUUCAACGUCACACUUUUUUUUUUCCUCUCUGUUGCGUGGCGAACUUUUUUAUUAUUUUAUUUUCUCCUAUCCGCUUGCUUUCGUGUGUGGGGAUGAAGGGGGGAAAGGGGGGUGGUUUUGGAAGCCGAGGUAACAGGCUGUCUGAUGUUGAGCGCUCUGAGCUUCAUCUGGACUGGAAGACGCAGAUUUGGGCAAAGGAGGGAAAUGGCCGGGUUGCAAGGACGAAGUUUCUAUAAAAGAAGUACA